AUGAGCCCAGAUCUCAACUGUAUUUCAUCUUCUCUGCUCAGAAGUGAACCGUGCAUCAAUUCUUUGAUAGCAAUUUUGACUGUUUGUGGACAGCAACUGUUCUCCUCUUAUACGUUCAGUUGUCCGUGUCAAGUCGGAAAAAAUUUCUAUUAUGGUUCAGCUUUUCUUGUGGUUCCUGCCUUGAUCCUUCUGAUUGCUGGCUAUGCUCUACGGGGCCAAAUGUGGGCAGUUGCCAGCGAGUACUGCUGCUGCAGCUGUACCCCUCCAUACCGGAGAAGCAGUCCUCUGGAGAGGAGAUUGGCUUGCCUCAUGUUCUUCAACAUCACUGGGAGGGCUCUGGUUGCUCCAUUGACAUGGCUGACGGUGACUCUGCUGACAGGUACCUACUAUGAAUGUGCAGCAAGUGAGUUUGCCUCUGUGGACCAAUACCCGAUGUUUGCUAAUGUCACUCCUAGCAAACGAGAAGAGAUGCUAGCUGGAUUUCCAUGCUACACGUCAGCUCCCUCUGAUGUGAUUCCAGUAAGAGAUGAAGUGGCUCUUCUACACAGAUACCAGUCACAAAUGCUGGGCUGGAUUCUGGUUGUUUUGGCAACCAUUGCUCUCCUGGUCUCCAAAUGUCUGGCAAGAUGUUGCUCUCCCCUCACCUCUCUACAACAUCACUAUUGGGCCAACCACCUCCAUAACGAGAGAGUGCUCUUUGAGCAAGCUGCUGAGGAGCAUUCCCGACUUCUUAUUAGACAUCGAAUCAAGAAAGUGUUUGGCUUCGUUCCUGGGAGUGAAGACAUCAAACAUAUUCGCAUCCCUUCGUGUCAGGACUGGAGAGAAAUCUCUGUACCCAAUCUUCUAUGUGUGGGUGACACCUCACAGGGUCCCUAUAGCUUCCUUGGAGACAGGGUGGUUGAGGAAAAUGAGGAAGACAGACAAGAAGGUAUUGAAAUGAAACCUUGA